AUGACACGUUCAGCUUCCACCCUAGGAUAUUCAAAACCAAAAUCAUUCCCUCGCAAUACCAUUAACAUUGAAUCUCCCCUCGUGACUUCAUAUGAAUCAAGUUCGUUACCACGUAUUAAGGCUUCAUCUACAUCAAGUUCUCCACCACGUAUUAAAAGUCCCACAAGUUCUACAAAUUCAACCGUAGGAACCAAUUUUCGUUCACGUUCUUCAUCAAUAGAUUAUGAAUUAAAUGAUUUAUUUUGUUCUAUUGUUGAUGAUUUAUGUGCUAUUUUCGUUGAUGCCAGACAAAGUGGUUUAAAUGAACAACAAACCGUGGAAAUUUUACUCGUUUAUUUUAAUCAUCGAAAUCAGGAUCCUACGCAAAUCUUUGAAUGGUUACAAAAUAAAACCCACAAAUAUAAAUAUACAACUUUAUUAGGUUAUUUUUAUGAUCAAGGUAUAGGGACCAUAAGGAAUCAACGUAAAGCAUAUUGCCUUUAUCUUUCAGCUGCCAAAAAAGAUUAUUCCGUGGCUCAAGAUUUAUUAGAAUACUUUCCAAUGCCUGUAGCUUAA